AUGGUCCGCGAAGGCACGCGCUCGCAGACGGGCAACUCGCGCCCGCGCGUCUUCUCUGUGCCCGACACGGCGCCCGUCCAGAAGCGCCGGAGCACCAAGACAACCGCCGCCGCCACCACCACUACCACCACCAAGCCCGCGACCGGCGGCGCAGGCGCUGGCGCGGGGCGCAAGCCUGGCCCCAAGAAGAGCGCUGCCGGCGCCGCGGGGAAGACGGCCGGCGGCGUGACCAAGAAGGCCAAGAAGGGGACGGCGGGCAAGGUUGCCACCAAGGUCAAGGCUGACUCCAAGGCCGCUGAGAAAAAGGUCGCGGGAGCGGUCAAGGCAGCCGAAAAGGAGGUCAAGCCGGACGAGGAAAAGGCCGACGGUGCGGCUGCGGCCAAGGACGAGGAGUGA